AGCCUGGGCCACCUCCCAACGUCUUUAAACGUCAACAAAAGUCAAAAAGACCCACCCCCCGGCCGCAGGGGGCAUCGUUUCUCCGGAAGCCCAGCGUCCCCAGGCGCAGCGCUGGACGAGACUUCAAUUCCGCCCGAUGACGCAUGCGGCCCCACCCCCGACCAUCCACCUCUCGCGGGAUCUCUCGGGAGGACGGAUGGGGUCAGGUCCCAUCAUGGCGGCUGAAGAGGCGGAUGUGGAUAUCGAAGGGGACGUGGUGGCCGCGGCAGCACAGCCAGGAAGCAAUGAUAAUACAGCAUCUGUUUUGCAAGAUCACUAUCUUGAUUCAUCCUGGAGAACUGAGAAUGGUCUUAUUCCUUGGACACUGGAUAGCACCAUCAGUGAAGAGAACAGAGCCGUCAUUGAGAAAAUGUUGUUGGAAGAAGAGUAUUAUUUAUCUAAAAAAUCACUUCCAGAAAAAUUCUGGCUCGAUCAAAAGGAAGAUGAUAAAAAAUACAUGAAGAGUCUGCAGAAAACAGCAAAAAUCACGGUACAAUCUCCUACAAAACCAGCCAGUUUCUCAGUAAAGUGGACGAUAGAAGAAAAAGAACUGUUUGAACAAGGGCUGGCUAAAUGUGGCCGAAGGUGGACCAAAAUUGCAAAACUAAUUGGAAGUCGCACUGUUUUACAAGUAAAGAGUUAUGCCAGACAGUACUUUAAAAAUAAGGUAAAAUUAGAUGGUCCAGAGAAGGAAACACCAAACCAGAAGAACAGCAGUUAUCUUCAGAUUAAAAAUGAAGAUGAAGGCACAAAGGCGUGGACACCAUCAAAGUUAAGGGGAUGUGCUGAUCCCAACUUGAAUGCUGUAAAAAUUGAAAAGUUAUCUGAUGAUGAAGAAGUAGACAUCACAGAUGAGGCAGAUGAGUUGACUUCUCAAGCGCCCCAAGAGAAUCCUAGCAGUGAUCUCUUAUUAGACAUCCCUAAUAGUAAAAGUCCUGAAACCUAUCAAGGAGAAUUUAUUGCCUCUGACACCCAGGAAGAUCCCAUUUCUAAACCUUCCAAGGAAUAUCUUCAGAAUAUAAAGCAGGUUGAGAUGGAAACACUUUCAAGCUCAGAAACUACAUUUUGGACUGAAAAACAGAGCACCAGUGACAAAAAAUCAGUUGAAUUAAAUGAUCAGAAAUGUAAUAAACUGAUGAAAAGCUGUGAUAAGCAUGAUGGAAAUGGAAUAGUGGAUGAUACCAGGCGGUUGCCUUCUCCAGAGCCUUGUGCUAUUCAGAAAGAUCUGAGUGAUAAUGAAAUGCUUUUUCAUUCUUCCUGCCAAAUGGAGGAGGAGAGCCAUGAGGAAGAAGAUCUUAAGCCACCAGAGCAAGAAGUAGAAAUAGAUAGAAAUAUUAUUCAAGAAGAAGAAAAACAAGCAAUUCCUGAGUUUUUUGAGGGGCGCCAAGCUAAAACACCAGAACGCUAUUUGAAAAUUAGGAAUUACAUUUUGGAUCAGUGGGAGAUAUGCAAACCGAAAUACUUAAAUAAGACCUCAGUACGUCCUGGCCUGAAGAACUGUGGGGACGUUAAUUGUAUUGGACGGAUUCAUACAUACCUCGAGUUGAUAGGAGCAAUCAAUUUUGGAUGUGAACAGGCUGUAUAUAACAGGCCACAACCAGUUGAUAAGGUACGAAUCAGAGACAGAAAAGAUACCGUAGAAGCAUACCAACUUGCCCAGCGUUUGCAGUCCAUGCGCACAAGGAGACGUAGGGUCCGAGACCCAUGGGGAAAUUGGUGUGAUGCAAAAGACUUAGAAGGACAAACGUUUGAGCAUCUCUCUGCUGAGGAGUUGGCAAGAAGAAGAGAAGAGGAGAAAUGUAAACCUUUUAAGUCUUCAAAAGUGCAAAGACCAACAAAAAGCUCAUUUGAUCCCUUCCAACUGAUACCUUGUAAUUUUUUCAGUGAAGAAAAUCAGGAGCCAUUUCAGGUGAAAGUGGCUUCAGAAGCACUUUUAAUAAUGGAUUUGCAUGCUCAUGUUUCUAUGGCAGAAGUGAUUGGUCUGUUAGGAGGGAGAUACUCAGAAGUUGAUAAGAUAGUUGAGGUCUGUGCAGCAGAACCAUGUAACAGUCUGAGUACAGGACUGCAGUGUGAGAUGGAUCCUGUCUCACAAACACAGGCCUCGGAAACCUUAGCUGUAAGAGGCUAUAGCGUUAUUGGAUGGUAUCAUUCUCAUCCUGCCUUUGAUCCUAAUCCUUCCCUACGAGAUAUUGAUACUCAAGCCAAAUACCAGAGUUACUUCUCCAGAGGUGGUGCAAAGUUCAUUGGAAUGAUUGUUAGUCCCUAUAAUCGAAACAAUCCUUUACCUUAUUCCCAGAUUACCUGCCUGGUUAUAAGUGAUGAAAUUAGCCCAGAUGGCUCUUACCGUUUACCUUACAAAUUUGAAGUACAACAGAUGUUAGAAGAACCUCGGUGGGGAUUAGUGUUUGAAAAGACAAGAUGGAUAAUAGAAAAAUACCGGCUAUCCCAUAGCAGUGUCCCCAUGGAUAAAAUCUUUCGCCGGGAUUCUGACCUGACUUGUUUGCAGAAACUUUUGGAGUGUCUGAGGAAAACUCUGAGCAAAGUGACAAAUUCCUUCAUUGCUGAAGAAUUCUUGACUCAAAUAGAAAAUUUAUUCCUUUCCAAUUAUAAAAGCAAGCAAGAGAAUGGAGUGGCUGAAGAGAACUGUUCUGCGGGUCCAACGGAAUUGUUAAUGUAAUUAUUCUAAAGUAAGACCUUUUAAUCUUGACACAAUAGAUCCUUCUUUCAGUUACAACCUUGAAAUUAUUGUAAUAUAGUUAGCAGUGGCACCUAUUUUGAUAUUUUUUCUCUAGUUCAUAAAAUCCAAACUUUGCAACAUAAGUCAUGUGACAAGAAAAACAUAUGGACUGGUUUUCACAUAGUGAAGAUCAAUGUUGUGUCAAGUCGGGUCUGCCGCGGUGUUCCGGUCCUGCCAUGGCCAGGAAGCAGCGCUGUAGACUCAAAGGGCUGUCUGCCUUACCGCUGUAUUCUGUUAAUAAGAGGGUUGUUUCUUUUAAUUUUUAUUUCUCCCGAACUAGUCAUUCCAUUUUGGGUAUCUCAUGUCUCAUUAGGAGCACUUCCAUUCUUUCCAUGUGUUUGGUGAGAUUUGCUUAUGGUUGCAAGUGAGAUGUGGGUGGGUGGUCACUGAGGUAAUUAACGUGGGUGAGAGCUACUGAUUUCAUAAAUCUAACAAUAUGCCCUGGGACGCCAGGGCAGACAUAAGGAGAAAAUCUUCAAAACAGAGAAGAGACCCAAAGGAGAGAAUCAAAUUGCCAGUUUUAUAAUAAUAGGUAUUUGCUUCCAUUUUAUUUUAUAAUGAUACUACAGGAUAUGGCACUUUCUCAGCUAUCUGAAACAUUUUGUAUAGAUUUCAGAUACGUAAAAUAAUUUGCUUCAACUAUAUUUCCACUUACAUUAGUGUGUGUGAUAAAACCUCAUUUAACUGGAACACAGGUAAUCAUAAUCAUCCCACUAGAUUUUUUUCCUACUACCUGCUAUCAGGAGAAAGAGGCAAAUUAAAAUGAAGCUUAAAUAAAUCAGAGAUUUAAUUUAAAAAACAAAAAAGCCUUCCAGGACACAUUACAUAUACAGCCCAGUUUCAUAUACUUUCUGAAACUAAAACAGGUCAGCAAACUUUUUAUGUAAAGGGGCAGUUAGCCAGUAACUUAGGCUUUGCAGGCCACAUACUGUGUCUAUCAGUUAUUCCUCUUUAUGUUAUUUUUACAACCUUUUAAAAACGUAAAACCAUUCUUAACUCAUAACCCUCACCAAAGAACAUGUUGCUGCACAUUAUCUUCCAACCUCUGCUCCAGAGAAUUGCAGACGUUUAGAAUUUAUUUUCAGAUGCAUGAGCCUGAGACGCUGAAAGGUCUCUUGCAUCAUCUUCAGACAACAAAACUCAGAAUUGUGAUUUACAUUUAAGUACAUUUUCAAAUAAAAGUAAGCAGGCAUGCUUCCUGAUUUAUCCUAACAGAUUUUAGUUUAUUUCUAUUAACUACAGAAAUGAUAUAUAGCCAUUUUCUAAGCAUUCUUAUUAAUAACAGGUUUAUUACAUCUAAUCUGGGUAUAAUUCAGUAUUUUUACUUUGGAUUGUAAUCAGUCGCCAAGGAACAAUAAGGCAGAAUUGGAAUGAGCAGUAAGGCAUUUUUAGAUGACCUGGGUCUUGACUCAACCUUGUGAUUUUGGGGGAUAAGCUGACCUUCUUUGGGCCUAUAUGUUUAUGUAACUGAGGUCUGAGUUGCUUUCCUAGCAUCCUUCCAGGUCUAAGAUCUUAUGGUUCAUCCUAAUUGUUGGACUGCUCAUCUGGAAUUUUAUGUCUUGAGAUGGUACAGUUCCCAAAUUAGCAAGUGUUUUUAAUGAAAACUGGUCGUAUUUUCUAUUUCUCUAUAUGCAUUUAGGAUAAACAUUGAAAUGUAACUUACAAAGCAAUUACUUAUGGAACCAGGGGUGUAAAAAUCUCUAGACCAUCUCUAGACCAAAAAUCAGGAAAUGUGAAUUCUUACCCUAAUUCUGUUACCAGCUUUGCUGUGUGACAAUGAUAAAAAUCACGUAAGUUGUCAGAACCUCAGGCUCUUCACCUGUAAUUCAAGGGUGUAAUUUUGUGAUUUAGUAUUUCCUUCUAAGUACAAAAGUCUGUGAUUUUGUAAGAGGUAGUAAUUCAUUCAUUUGUACUCUUCCUUUUGACAUAUUUUCCUCAUUGUACAUUGGAACAGAUCCUAGAAAAUGGUAUUAAUUAUAACUUGUGUGACUGACAUUUCACUGUAAUAUUGAUGAGUUUGGGUGAUGAAAAAUAAUGGAAAUUGUUAAAAGUUCUGUUCUCAAAUCUGGGUUCUCUGCAUGCCAGUAUUUAACCAUAUUUACUAAGCCAUACUAUGAGGAACUCAAUCAUGGUAAUCCUCAGUGUUUAGAGCUUGGAGAGCACAAUUUUUCAAAUAAUAUUACUGAGUAGUUUUUUUUUUCUGAUGAUAAAGUACAUUUUUCAUGUAAAAUACUUUUUUAAAAAACAAGCAUAAAUAAAAAUAUCUCAAUUCUACUACUGU